UCGCCCCCGCCCGCGCUGCACGCCGGGACACGGCCGGUCCGGCCUCCUUCUCUCCCUCCCUCCUUCCCGCGCGCCCCCCCGCGCGCCCCGAGCCUGCGCCGCGCCGACAUCCGCGUUGUCCCAAGAUGGAGGUGCGGGGCUCGCGCUGAGCGCGGCCCGGCCGACACAGGAGCAGGAGGAGGAGACGCGCCCGCCCGGCCCGGCCCGUCGGCCCGCCUCGCCUUCCCCGCCCCGCCAGGCCGCGGCUCCGGCCGCACCGGCAGCAGCAGCGGCGUCGCCUCCUUCUCGCCCGCGGCCCGGCCCAGAGUGCGGCGCGGCCCCCGCAUGAGCCCGGGCGGCAGUGGCGGCGGGAGCGCCCGGGAGCAGCAGCCAAGGUGGCCAGGUUGAGCCUGCUUCCCUGUAUAAUGCAAACUGCUGAAUGGAGGAAGGGGGUGGAAGUCAGUCUUUACCGAUACUCUUUCCGUUACCGUCCUGCAUGGUUCUUUACCCAUGUUUUACAGAGUGGUGAAGAAUUAGGAGAAGCUGCAGUUGUUCUGCUGAGUGGAGCUAAAUGGGUGGCUUCCUUCUGGACCCUCACUUCACUGUCUUAGCUUUUCUUCAUAGGAGAGCUGCUCCAGCCCUCUGAUCAUUUUUGUGGCCCUCCUCUGGACUUGUCCAUUGCUGUCAUGUGCUGAGGACUCCAGACCUGGACGCAGCACUGCAGGUACAAGAACUGUAGAAGUCCAUUUUAGAAUUUGAAAGAACAAGAUUCUGCAGCUCUGGAAAGAUAUGCCAUGGAAGUAAUCAGCUGGGGUGGUCCCAGGGCGCUCUGGGCACGAGUAUUGCUGAGUGAUCAUUGGCUGCCACCUGCGUGACAAAGUAAAGGACCAACCCUUCAAUUUAUACCAGUGGAGCCAGAUCACGGGAAACAAUUGACAGAAUUGUUAAGCUUAUGCUUAGCCCAGCGUGAUACAGGACUGGUGCAACAACUCAGUUUUGAUCAGUGACUCAAAAUUGUGAUCACCCUGAUGUCACCGAAUGGCCACAGCUUGUAAAAGAUCACCAGGAGAACCGCACUCUGAGAACAUUGAAACUAGCCGAAUGAAGCGAGCAGCUGCAAAGCAUCUAAUAGAGCGCUACUACCACCAGUUAACCGAGGGCUGUGGAAAUGAAGCCUGCACGAAUGAAUUUUGUGCUUCCUGUCCAACUUUUCUCCGUAUGGAUAACAAUGCAGCAGCCAUUAAGGCCCUCGAGCUUUAUAAGAUUAAUGCAAAACUCUGUGAUCCUCAUCCCUCCAAGAAAGGAACGAGCUCAGCUUACCUAGAAAACAAUUCCAAAGGUGCCCAUAACAAUUCCUGCACUGACAGAAAAAUGAACAAGAAGGAAAUGCAAGGCCCAAGAGAUGACUUUAAAGAUGUGACCUUCCUAACAGAAGACAAGAUAUAUGAAAUUCUUGAACUAUGUCGAGAAAAAGAGGAUUAUUCCCCUUUAAUCCGGGUGAUUGGGAGAGUGUUUUCUAGUGCUGAAGCACUGGUACAGAGUUUCCGAAAAACCAAGCAACACACCAAGGAGGAGCUCAAGUCUCUUCAAGGAAAGGAUGAAGACAAAGAUGAAGAUGAAAAGGAAAAAGCUGCCUGUUCGGCUGCUGCUAUGGAAGAGGAUUCUGGUGCAUCAUCAUCUUCAUCAUCAAGAAUAGGUGAUAGCACACAGGGAGAUAAUAACCUCCAAAAACUAGGCCCAGAUGAAGUGUCUGUAGAUAUUGAAGCAGUCAGACGGGUCUAUGAUAGGUUACUUUCUAAUGAAAAAAUAGAAACUGCCUUUUUAAAUGCACUUGUGUACUUGUCACCUAAUGUGGAAUGUGACUUGACUUACCAUAAUGUGUACUCUCGGGAUCCUAACUAUCUGAAUUUGUUUAUUAUCGUUAUGGAGAAUGGCAAUCUUCAUAGCCCAGAAUAUCUGGAAAUGGCUCUACCAUUGUUUUGCAAAGCAAUGAGCAAACUGCCCCUUGCAGCUCAAGCAAAACUGGUCAGAUUGUGGUCUAAGUACAGAGCAGAUCAAAUUCGGAGAAUGAUGGAAACAUUUCAGCAGCUUAUUACUUACAAAGUCAUAAGCAACGAGUUCAAUAGUCGUAACCUAGUGAAUGAUGAUGAUGCUGUUGUUGCUGCUUCGAAGUGCUUGAAAAUGGUUUACUAUGCAAAUGUAGUAGGAGGGGAUGUGGAUACAGAUCAUAACGAAGAAGAAGAUGAAGAACCCAUCCCAGAAUCAAGUGAACUAACUCUUCAAGAGCUGUUGGGUGAGGAAAGAAGAAAUAAAAAAGGUCCUCGAGUAGACCCACUGGAAACUGAACUUGGUGUUAAAACUAUAGAUUGCAGAAAACCACUUAUCCCUUUUGAAGAAUUUAUUAAUGAACCACUGAAUGAUGUUCUAGAAAUGGACAAAGACUACACUUUCUUCAAAGUAGAAACAGAGAAUAAAUUCUCAUUUAUGACCUGUCCCUUCAUAUUGAAUGCUGUUACCAAGAACCUGGGAUUGUAUUACGACAAUAGGAUCCGGAUGUACAGUGAAAGACGCAUAACUGUGCUCUACAGCUUAGUUCAGGGGCAGCAGCUCAACCCGUACUUGCGGCUGAAAGUGAGGCGUGAUCACAUCAUCGAUGACGCGCUUGUCCGGCUAGAGAUGAUUGCCAUGGAAAAUCCUGCAGACUUGAAGAAGCAAUUGUAUGUUGAAUUUGAAGGAGAGCAAGGGGUAGAUGAAGGAGGUGUUUCCAAAGAAUUUUUUCAACUUGUUGUGGAAGAAAUCUUCAAUCCAGAUAUCGGGAUGUUCACAUAUGAUGAGUCUACAAAACUGUUUUGGUUUAAUCCGUCCUCUUUUGAAACUGAGGGCCAGUUUACCCUGAUUGGCAUAGUACUGGGACUGGCUAUUUACAACAACUGUAUACUGGAUGUACAUUUCCCCAUGGUUGUCUACAGGAAGCUAAUGGGCAAAAAAGGAACUUUCCGUGAUCUGGCAGACUCUCAUCCUGUUCUGUAUCAGAGUUUGAGAGACUUACUGGAGUAUGAAGGAAGUGUGGAAGAUGAUAUGAUGAUAACGUUUCAAAUAUCUCACACGGAUCUCUUUGGCAAUCCAAUGAUGCAUGAUUUAAAGGAAAACGGUGAUAAAAUUCCUAUUACAAAUGAAAACAGAAAGGAAUUUGUCAAUCUGUAUGCUGACUAUAUACUCAAUAAAUCAGUAGAAAAGCAGUUCAAGGCCUUUCGGAGAGGAUUCCACAUGGUGACCAAUGAAUCUCCUUUGAAAUAUUUAUUUAGACCAGAGGAAAUUGAAUUACUUAUUUGCGGAAGUAGGAAUUUAGAUUUUCAAGCACUAGAAGAAACUACAGAAUAUGAUGGUGGCUAUACAAGAGACUCUCUUAUUAUUAGGGAAUUCUGGGAAAUAGUCCAUUCAUUUACAGAUGAACAGAAAAGACUGUUCUUACAGUUUACAACAGGCACAGACAGAGCCCCUGUGGGAGGACUUGGAAAGUUAAAGAUGAUCAUAGCCAAAAAUGGCCCAGAUACAGAGAGGUUACCUACAUCUCACACAUGCUUUAAUGUACUUUUGCUUCCGGAGUACUCAAGCAAAGAAAAGCUUAAAGAAAGAUUAUUGAAGGCCAUCACAUAUGCCAAAGGAUUUGGCAUGCUGUAAUAAGUAUAACAAAAGGGAUUUAAAAAUGAUGGUGAUGAUGUCCCUGUCCAAAAAGGCCAUAAGAUAGUGAGCUACAGUAGUCACCUGUGUUUGUGCCUCCCUUCUUUACUGGGGACAUUGGGCUGGAACAGCAGAUUUCAGCUGCUUAUAUGAACAAAAUCUUUAUUUUUUCUUUUAGCGUGAAAGUGUUACAUAUUCUUUCACUUGUAUGUACAGAGAGGUUUUCCUGAAUAUUUAUUUUAAGGGUUAAAUCACUUUUGCUUGUGUUUAUUACUGCUUGAAGUUGAGCCUUUUUGAGUAUUUACAAGAAAACAAACUGUACUCUCCCAAGGAAAAUAUUGCCAUCAUUUGUAGACCAUGUAACCUUCAAGUAUGUGCUAUAUUUUUGUCCCUGUAUCUAAUCAAAUCAAGAACUGUACUUUUUGAAGAGUUUGCUUUUGAAACUUGAAGUCUUGAAAAACAGUGUGAUGCAAUUACUGCUGUUCUAGCCCCCAAAGAGUUUCUGUGCAAAAUCUUAAGAAUCAAUAAAGAUGGAAGGGAGAACUUGGAAUGUUAAAUUGCAGCCUUGAGAACUUUACUUUAGUCACAGCACAACAAUUAAAAUUCAUUUCACUAUA